UUAUCACCUCCUUCAACCUUUUUUUUUUUUGAUUAGUUACCUUACUUAUUAUUGUAUUAUUAUAUACUUCCUUUUUUUUUGGUUACCAUUCUCUUUUAUAUCUUAUUUUUUUAUUAUCUUUUCUUUUUACCUGAAUGACCGCUAUUAACAACAAAAUACAACAAUCAAUCCUACCUUUAUCAACUUCCUAUUGUUUGACAAACUCUUCCUUGGAAAAUAAUCGAUCUGAAAUCAAUGAUCAAGAUGUUAUUAUUGGUGAACAAUGGAUUGUAUUGGCAAAAAUUGGUGAAGGUUCCUUUGGUGAAGUCUUUGAAGUGAAAGAUAUCAAUACUGGUCGCCAUUAUGCUGUGAAAAGGGAACCACGUUCACAUCUCUCUCAAAUCAAACAUGAAAGUAUUCUUUAUGAUAUUUUGGCUGCUGGACCUGGUAUUCCUCAAUGUCAUUGGUAUGGAAGACAUGAAGAAUUUGAUUGUAUUGUUAUGGAUCUACUUGGGACAAGUUUAAAACAGUUACGACAGUCAGUACGGCAUAUUCCUUUAUCUAUUAUCAAGGAUCUUGGAUGUCAAAUGAUCGAUAUCUUGGAACAUAUACACAAUCGUGGAUUAUUAUAUAGGGAUGUGAAACCUGAUAAUUUUUUAUUCUCGGAAUCAUGUCGAUUACCAGGCUACGAUAAAUAUGAUGAUGAUGAUAACAGCAACAAUAAUGCAGAACGCAAAUGGGAAUAUGAAUCUUGUCAACAAGUUUUUGACACGUGGAAGGAAACAAAACCAAAACUGUAUGUAGUGGAUCUAGGUCUAGCAUCUUGUUGGCGCAACUUGGAGACAAAACAACCUUACCCUGAAUGCAAAAAACGAAUUCGAAACAAAACUGGCACUGCGCGUUAUGCAUCUCUCAAUGUACAUCGUGGAAAAACACCUGCUCGAAGGGAUGAUAUGGAAAGCCUUGGUUAUUUAUUAGUGGAUCUUGCUCUUGGUUCUUUACCUUGGACUGGAAUACAAGCUAAGUCUUCAAAAGCUGGUUGGGACCGUAUGCAUAUGAUGAAAGAAAAUAUUCAAAUCGCUGAUUUGUGUUCUGGUCUUCCUAGUGGAUUUAUGACUUUUAUUGAUUAUACACGAAGACUUGGAUUUAAUGAUCAACCUGACUAUCAAUACUUACGGCAAUUAUUACUGACGGCAUGUGUACAAAAUGGACAAUCAAUUACUGCAACAACAACAACAAUUAGUGGAAACAAGACAAAACAAGAUCAUCGAUAUCAAAAACGAGGUUGGCGGACUACAGAAAAAAUAAAGAACAAGAAUUAUGAAGAUGUGUUUCACAUGGAUGAUCUUGCACACGAUCUCCCCAUUAUUUCAACAAUCUAAGAAAUCAGUUUGGUCAAAUGGUGGACGACAACAACAACAACAGCAACAACAGUAUUAUGGAAGUACCCAAUCAUCCUCUCGUGGUUAUCAAAAUGGAAAACAACAGCAACCUCGUUAUCAAGCACCGCAUCAACGUACGUUUAUAUCAAAGUCAGAUCAACUAUCAUCAACGGAAGACUCACGAAACCAACAACAUGGACUAGCCGAUCCUUGGAGUCG